AUGAAGACUGAAAGCAAUUUUAUCAUCAAUUUCUUGCGAGAGGAAAAUAGCAAAUUAAGAUAAUAAUCAAGGGAAGAGUUUCGUAAAAAGUAGAGAGAUUUCUAUAACGAAUUAUUCAAAAAUCAGGCAACUGUUCUAACAGUGUAUAGAUGUAUAGAUUAGUAUUCAUAGGAAUUGAUUUAGAAAAUGGUAAGAUUGAGCUUCCAUACAAACUUAGAUCCAAAUAAAUAGGAGACCAUUCUAAAAAGAUUGUUAGAUGAAAAUUACCCCUAUUAAGAAUUCACAAAAGGAUAAAGCCAUUUAGCAGAGUUUGAUUUAGUCAAUUUUAAAGAAAAGACAAUAAAUUAUGGGUUCAUGAAUGCGUAUCUUGAUAUUGUUACUUGUGGAUUGAAAACAGAAAUAGACUUCUGCAAGCAAAAAAAGAAUAAUAUGAAAGAUUAUUCAUAACUAGAAGGCAAAGCAAAAAAUUAAUGGAAAUCUAUUUGCAACUAACUUAUGUUAAUGGCAUAAGAAAUAAAUAAUACAAGCUCACAAUCAUAAAGUAAAUAUUCAAGACUUGUUAUGGAUGUAUUCAGAUAAAUUCUUAGCGUAGAGCCAGGAAAUUUAGGAAGCGGGUAUCAAAAAUACAUGGAGUUUAUUUUAGAAGAUACAAAUACAUAAAUAGAUAAAAUUCUAACACUUUACUGUUAUCAGUAUUCUAGAAAUCAUAAAAUCUCAGUUGAAACUGCUGUUAGCUUCUUACUAACUCUCUCUAAUUUGGAUAUAACAAAGAUUUACCAAAAUACUUAUAAUAAUGAAACAGCUACUUUUUAACCAAGAGAAUUAGAAUUCCUAAACGAUUUACACUCUCUUGGUAUGGUAUUCAAAAAAGAAAUUUUAAAAGAUAGAAUUGCCUUCUAUAUUACUCCUGUACUUUGGUAAUUCUGCUACAGAAAGAUUGAUCUAAAGACCCUUAAUGCUAAAAUAACAAUUGAAACUAACUUUAAUGUAUACGCAUAUAUUGAUUAAGAAGAUCCCAAAGAGAUUAAAGAUUCAAAAGACACUUUGAAAGACUAAACUGAACAUAUUGAAAAAUUAUUAGCAAGUUUUUGUGAUUUACAUUAUAAAUUUCCACAUUUGAUUGUUGGGUAAUUAUCUGAAUAAAAAACCAAAGAUUAAUUUAAAAAUGGACUCACUGCAAGACUGCUAAUUUAGUUUUUCAAUAAGACAAGUGAUCCAUAAAUGAAAAAAUAUUUAAAAGACAAAUAAAUGAAUGCAAUUCUCUUAACUUAAGUCUAGAACCUUUAAAAGAAGAAACUAGAAUUUCUUAACUUAUUCAAAAAAACAGAAGAUAACUUUUCUUUGAUCCCUGAUAAUAUAUAAUAAGAAAUUGAGACUUGGGAAAGAGAAAAAAAUUAUCAAAUAAGAAGAGAUGAUAAUUAUAAUUCUGAUGAAGAUGUUAAAGACAAGGACUGA